UUUGUCAGAUACACUGUGACUGGCAAGCAGAAUGUCUCGUCGACAUGCAGCAUUUUUACGCUAAAGCCCGCUGGCGCCACUACCAUUGAUACUGAGCGACUGUUCGGCGAACGAGGCGUCACGAGCGUCCAGGUCAAGCAGCCUCAGCUGCAGAUCGCGCGGGCUUAUACCGUUCUUCCUCGGGUACCGGACCAAGCAUCUGACGAAUUGCGCUUUCUGAUACGGAAAGAGCGCAAUGGCGAAGUGUCUGGCUAUCUACACCGACUUGCUCUUGAUUCUUACGUUGAAAUUCGAGGACCGACGGUGGAAUACGGCCUACCGGCCAACAUUGGAGAUGUGCUCUUUCUAGCAGGCGGUACGGGCAUUGCGCCUGCGCUGCAAGUUGCUGAGAAGCUCAAGGGUGAAUCUGUGGUUCACAUUCUGUGGGCAAGUCGCAGGAGUGAAGAUUGCCGGGGAGCCGUGAGUGACACAGUAUCUGGAAAGGCCGGCUCAGUCUGGAAUUCGUUCUGGCGGAACCCCACUGUUGUACCGUCUAAGGAGACUAAUCAUGAUGAAACAAGCCCCAUUAUAAAACAGCUCGGCAGCAUCAAGCGUGGAUGCUCUCAGGGAAGGCUUCAGGUCGACUACUUUGUUGACGAGGAAAGCACCUUCAUCAGCCCAUCACUCGUUGAAAGCACUCUUGGUCGCAUACACAACGAGCACCCCGGUUAUCAACGUCUGAUUUUCGUAUCUGGCCCCGAGGGUUUUGUCAAUCACUGGGCCGGACCAAAGCAAUGGGUCGGUGGUCGGGAAGUCCAAGGCCCACUUGGGGGCUUACUUCGAACAAUGGAUCUGGGUGACUGGCAAGUGGUGAAGCUCUGA